AUGUAUAAAUUCACUUUUUCUUCUUUUUUUUCUUCUUUUUCCUUCUUUCUUUCUUUCUUUCUUUCUUUCUUCUUCUUCUUCUUCCUUUCGCGGUGUUCUGCUUUUUUUUCUGUCAUGUCCUCUUUCUUAUGUCCUUUCUUUUACCAUUGUCCCCUUGUCGUCUCCUGUCCUUUUCAUCUACUUUUCAGCGAUUGCAUCUGUUUCUUCUUCGUCGUUAUCGUCGUCGUCUUGCUCAUCUUCUUUUUCUUUUCUUUUCUUCUUCAAUAUCUUUGCCUCUUCUUCUUUUCCGCUUUAGGCUCUCGUCACUUCUUUCUCCUCCCACUUUUCUAUUCCUUCCCGCCCCUUUCUCGCAUUCCCUUCAUUUGUUUUCACCUUAUUUCACGUUGUCUUUUCCCGCUUCUAAUGAAUUUUCUUCUUCCUCCUCUUCUUUUUUUAUCCUUCCUCCUACUCUCCUCCUUCUCCUAUAUCUUCUCUGCCUCUUUUUUUUCCGAUUUUACAUUCUUGUCAUCCUUUUUUCUCAUCCUCUGUUUUUCUUUUUUUUUUUUUUUUUUUUUUUUUUUUUUGUCUUUCAUUUGUUGUUCUCGUCAUGUUGUUUUCUCCCAUUCCCGCUUAAAAGUCAGGCAGGUUGGCAGACAUAAUUGCCACAACUUGGCGUCGAUCUUCUCAAAGUCGUGA